AUGUGUUAUUGUCAGACAGACUGCAUCGAGAAACCUCUCUGUAAAGCUUUCAGGAAACUUGGAUAUAUCGUGGGCAAAAAUCCCUGGUGGUUCUUCACAAUUCCUCUGCUUCUUUCUGCAGGACUGGGAGUGGGUUUUUAUUUUUUGCCAGUACGUGAAGCUAAUGAUUUGGAAGAGCAAUUCACACCCAUCAGUGGAUCAGCAAAGUCCGAGAGAGAGUUUAUACGAGAACAUUUUCCAACCAAUGAUUCUGAAUUCUUCUUUGCACAGAGACUUUACACGGAGGGGACAUAUGUUUCCUUUAUUGCUGUAUCAAAAGGUAACAACAUCCUUACCAGUGAUGCACUUAAAGUGAUUCUAGCACUCGAUGAAAAAGUAAAGCAGCUUCGUAUUGCUGACAAUAACAAUGUCACAUGGAACUAUUCUUCUCUCUGUGCACGGGAAUCGGGCUCUUGCUUUUCAAAUACAAAUUUAGAUUUUAUAAAACUCAUCCCUAUUUUAGUUGAUGGCUACAACUUUACUUAUCCAAUAAUGAAUGGUGUCUUUAUUGGUUCAACUGUUGGAGGUGUAGAAGUAAAAGGCAACAUCAUUGCAUCAGCAAAGGCGAUUAAAUUUGACUAUUAUUUGCAAGAAGAUAAUGAAGAAAUGAAAGUGAAAAGUUUGCUGUGGAUCAAAAAUUUCCUCUCCGUCUAUCCUAAGGAACAGAUGAACCUGAAAAACAUUGAGGUGUCGUAUUUUACAUCAGUUUCAAGACAAGAAGAAUUUGAAGGAAGUGCUAAACGAAUUAUUCCGUUGUUCUCAAUCACCUAUUUUCUUUCAAUCUUUUUUUCCAUCACAUCUUGCAUGAGGUUUGACUGUGUGCGGAAUAAAGUCUGGGUUGCUGCUCUGGGAGUGAUAUCAGCUGGAUUUGCUGUACUAUCAGGAUUUGGACUGCUGCUGUUUUGUGGGGUGAAAUUUGCCAUCAAUACAGCCAAUGCACCUUUUCUCAUUCUAGGUAUCGGCGUGGACGAUAUGUUUGUUAUGCUCGCCAGCUGGCAAAAGACAAAAGUUCAUGCUAAAGUUGAAGAUCGCUUGGCAGAUACGUACGCGGAAGCAGCUGUUUCCAUCACAAUCACCACUCUGACUGAUGUUCUGGCCUUUUAUAUUGGCAUUGCGACACCUUUUCGAUCCGUGCAAUCAUUUUGUGUUUACACUGGUACAACUGUUCUGUUCUGCUUCAUUUACAACAUUACAUUUUUUGGAGCUGUUCUUGCCCUGAAUGGGAGAAGAGAAGCCAGUAACAGGCAUUGGCUGACAUUCAGAAAGGUUGAAAUGGUUCCUAAACAAGGAGAAUCUACACUCAGUGCAAUGUGUUGUGUAGGUGGUGCUUAUGAUCAGGAAUCAGGCACAGAAUUGGAACAUCCAGUCUACUUCUUCUUUAAAGAAUAUUAUGGCCCAUUCCUCACAAAAGGAUGGACCAAGGCAGCUGUGAUUCUUCUGUAUUUAGGAUAUUUAGCUGGCAGUAUUUAUGGCUGUUUACAGAUCAAAGAAGGAAUAGAUCUCAAAAAUCUGGCCUUUGAUGAUUCAUAUGCGAUUCCAUUCUAUGAUGAUGCAAAUGAAUAUUUCUCAGAGUUUGGACCACGAGUCAUGGUCACUGUUACUGAAUCUGUAGAUUAUUGGAAUUCCAGUGUGCGAGAUGAAAUUGAAACCUGCAUGGGUAGGUUUGAAAACCUCUCGUACGUAGAUCGUGAACUGUCAGAGUCUUGGCUUCGUGCUUACAUUGGGGUUUAUGGAACUAACACCAGCGCCAUAAACACAGAAAAAAUGUUCAUGACAAAAUUAUAUAAAUUCCUUCAGUUUCUCCCGUCAAUCAAACAAGAUGUUGACAUUUCAGAAAAUAACCAAAGCAUUAAGGCUUCCCGUUUUUUCAUUCAGACCAUUAAUAUCAAUAAUUCGGUUGCAGAAAAAAACAUACUGAUUGAAUUAAGGGAACUAGCGAAGGAAUGUAGAAUUCCAUUGCUAGUAUAUCACUCUGCAUUCAUCUAUUAUGAUCAAUAUCUUGUUAUAAUAGCCACCACAAUACAGAAUAUAAUUGUGGCUGCUGCUGCCAUGCUCCUUGUUGCCUUAUUGUUAAUACCUAAUCCAGUUUGUUCUCUGUGGGUCACAUUUGCUACUGCCUCAGUAUUAGUGGGUGUGGCUGGAUUUAUGUCUUUCUGGGGUGUCAAUUUAGACUCAAUAUCAAUGAUUAAUCUGGUCAUUUGUAUUGGCUUUUCAGUGGAUUUUUCCGCUCACAUUUCAUAUGCAUAUGUUUCAAGUGCCAAAGGAAAUUGCAAUGAUAGAGCUGUAGAUGCAUUGUAUGCUCUUGGCUAUCCCAUUAUUCAGGGAGCUCUUUCAACCAUACUGGGUGUUAUCGUGUUGGCUGCUGCCGAAAGUUACAUAUUUAGGACGUUUUUUAAAAUCAUGUUUCUUGUCAUAUCUUUUGGGGCAGUUCAUGGUCUCGUAUUUCUGCCCGUUUUUCUAACUCUCUGUGGAAAGAAUAGAAAGCCAAAUAGCAUAAAAAUAGACAAAGGAAGAAAUAAGCAGCAAUGCAUUUAUCCAAACAGAGGACAGUCAAAUGCUGUAAAAAUAGGCCAUGUAGUUAAUAGGCAUAAAAAAAACAUGUAUUGCAAUGAAGCAUAUGAAAAUACACAUCCUGGCCACCUAAAUGGCAGAUUUGAAGAAGUGCCUGAUCCAGACUGUCCAUAA